AUCUGUGGUUGACAUGAACUUCUGUGGUGGUUGGGUUUCCCGCCAAAAAAAAAUUCUGUUAUCCAAGGUUUUUGAGAAUUUGAGUAAAUCUUAUGAAUUCACUUAUAUUCAUAUUCAUGUAUUGAUCCUUUUCGACAAUUAAAUGUUUAAGAUAGGACAAAAAACAAAUAAACACCUGUAAUGCAACAUCUCCCGAUGGAAGUGAAUAAAUAUAAACAGGUUUAUUUAGCCGCUAGUAAGAACGAUGUUAACCAACUCAAUUGUCUCCUGCGACAAGAAAUCGAAGAUGGUAAUUUGGAUGAUUUACUUUCGAAGGUGUGUAUGGAGCUGGAACUCAAUCGUGUACACCUUUCCGAUGAUAUUAAGCAAAUUUUGGAGCGAAAAUUGAUGAGCCUACGUUUUUUCCACAAGCAGUCUAAGUUUUACUUGACUUCACAAGAGGUUCGUGAUCACAUACAAUUUACGAUACAACUUAUAAGUUCUUUGGAAACAUGUAAAGAUAAGGAUGAAUUGUUCAUAGGAAAUUUGACAUUUAUAGCUAAGCAAAUUUUUACGCUUAAGAGAUUACUUAAGUCGACUUAUGAUAGGCUUCCUUGGGAAGAAAUUGAAUUCUGUAUAUUGUCAUAUAUUAGAACCUUUAAGGAUCAGAAUGAAAUUGUAUUAUUUUCAAGAGUUAUUCUUAGUAGAUCCAAUAUGAUUAAGUAUUUGGAAAGCUUUGGAAAACAUCUCGAAAAUUUACUGAAUCAUGUGUUGAUUAUGAGACCACAGGAACUCUCCAGACUCCCAAAUUUGAAACGGGAUGAAGUUGUCGAGGAUAUGAUCGAUAAAUAUCCCGAAUUCAAGUCUCUUUAUGAUGAUCAUGAAAGAAUAAGAGACAUUCAUUCGCUCAACGUUAUGCUGAGUUACGUGGAACUUGUCAGGUCUAUUGGAUUGGAAGAAAAGAAUGGUAUAUUUAUUUUGAUGAGAGCUUUACAGGUUAUAGGCGAACAUUUGAAGAAUACCCUGGAGUCUCCUAAGUUGUCCCAGACUACUAUAAAUUAUCUAUUCACCUUCUUCAGCCAGAGUACCAGAAACUUGGUGAUCAAUUUAAGAAACACCUUGGCCCAUCAGUCUCUUUCAAAACACGAAGAAUUAUUAGAAUCCAACUUUUUGAGUGGGAUCAAAAACGAUAUUGAAAAACUUGGAGGACAGAUUGGUUACAUUUUGUCAAAGUACAAAAUGAAAGUCCUCAUAGAACUUGGUGAUAAAUUUUUGAACACAAAUGAUGAGAAAGUCAUGAAAGAAGUGGCUUCGGUGAUGAAAAAUUUCGGAACUGGUAAAGUGCUCAGAGAAGACCUAUCUGAGCUGAAGAACAACGAUAUCACUAGGUUAAAAGAUCUCAUAGACCAGUAUCGUUGCAAAAUUAAAGGUAAAUGCGUCUAUAGCGAAAUACUUUUCGAAGCUAUCGAUCACUCAUUGAGAAAUGAUCUGAUAAGGGCACCUAUAGAUUACGGUACAGCUUUGAUGCCUUUCCGUGGUCUGUAUGAAAAAUUUGAUAUGAUGAUUGAAAGUUCACACAAUAAAUCAAACUACAUAAGAUCGAUAAAAUAUGGUGUUAAGCAGACGCUACAAACUUUAUCACCGCAAAUAGAAGCCUCCAAAUUGAGUACAAUAGCCGAAAUGGUAGUUUCGAUCCACAGCUUGUCAUCUGGAUCUCAAGAUGAUGAAGUGGUGAAACUCUUUUAUAAAAUAAUGCACAUUAUAAAAUUCGAAGUUAACAGUGUCCAGUGGACUGAAAAGUUUGGGAGAAAAAUAAAGAAAAGGGAUAUGGAAGUGGAGACAUUCAAUUCCGAGAAUUCUGAGGAGGUGACAAAGAUGAAGAAACAGGAGAAAUUGAAUCAGUUGAGGGAAAUCUUUGACGGAGUCACUUACACCGAGUUCAAGAGUAAUAAGAAGCUUCAAGCUGUUGUGGAAAUAUUUCUUUUAGAUUUGAUUCCGAUGUUGAAAUAUGAUCAUUUCAAAGCGAAGUAUUUUUUGAACGAUAAUUAUCCAUCCCUUACUGGUGUUGAUCUGAGAAAUCACUUGGCACAUAAUAAUGUCAUCGUAGAAGUCCUUCUGGAUUCAACCUCAGCUAUAUUCCUCUUCGUUGAAAAACUAUUAGAAGUUGAAGGAAAAUCUGGCGAUUUUGACUUGACUGAAGUUCAGUAUUUCAACUUAUCUAGAAUGAAGAACUCUUACGCGACAACUGUUGAUAUUUUAAAUAGGAAACACAACAUGUUUGUCGCUUUGAAGGAGAAUAAUUUCGACGCUUUCUCAGAAUGCAUCAAGGAAGGCGCAGAUAUUAGAUCUAGGGACACGGAUUUGUCCACAUGUCUACACUUCGCAAUGAGAAGACCUAAAACGAUCAAACUGACGAAGUUCCUUUUGAAGGAGGGUCUGUCCACUUUUAAAAUGAAGAAUUUGGAAAACCAGAGCCCUCUUCACAUAGCGGUUACGAAAACGAACCUAGAAGUUGUAGAGUUUCUGCUCAAAAACUUCGAUACUGACAUCAAUGAAAUGGAUUCUUUCAAGAGAACCCCAGCUCAUCUGGCAGCCUUCUCCGGUAAUGAGCACAUUUUGAACAGUCUGUGGAACCACGGUGCCGAUUUCACUAAGAAGGAUUACACGCGUUUCACAGCCCUGCAGUACGCGGCGCUUAGCGGUAAACCUUCCGCCGUCCAGUUCUUCUUCAAUAAAGACCUCUUCUACAAAUUAGACGAGGCUUUCGGUGGUUUUACAACUCUACACAUCGCUGCAGACGACGGUUUGGUCAAAAUUGUGAACUAUCUGCUGUCGAAAAACGUGAAGGUUGACGCUAGAACCGACGUAGGUGCCACACCCCUCCAUCUAGCCGCCUUAAACGGCCAUCUUGAUACGGUUAAGGCUCUGAUACGAGCAGGCGCAGACGUUAAUUCCUCAAACAUGAACGGCAACUGCGCACUGCACUGGGCUUGCGAGACGGGCAGGGAAGAAAUUGUCAAGGUGCUCAUAAAGAACGGAGCUGACGUUAAUGUAACGGAUCACGAGAAUAAUUUCGCCCCCAUCAACUAUUUGGCCAAGGACGGAUUCACCGACAUCCUCAAAAUAUUCCUGGAGAACGGGGCGGACGUCAACGUUACAACUAAGGACGGUUUAACGCCCCUUUUGUACGCUGUCGAGGGUAGGCAUUUGGAAAUCGUGGAUUUGUUGAUGCAACAGGAUGGCAUAGAAGUGAAUAGAUCGAAUAUACUCAGAAUGACACCGUUGCAUGGUGCUUCUAUGAAUGGAGACGUAGAAAUUGUGAGACUUUUGAUUAUGAAGGGCGCUGAUUUAGAUUGUAGAAAUCUAGAAGGUAUGACGCCGCUUCACUUCGCCUGUAAGCAUGGCCACGAAGCUGUCGUGGAUCUGUUGAUCGAGCACGGUGUAUCGAUUCAUGCCGAGACUUCUAUUACGCGAUGGCUUCCUUUACACAUGGCCGCGGAGUCUGGAAAUGAAAACAUCAUGGUUAAAUUGAUCAGGAAGGGUUCUCAGAUAAACGCCACCACGUCCAAAGGCGCCAACUGCCUCCACAUAGCUGUCAAAAACGGGAGGAACAUCCUGGACCUACUGAUAAGGUUUGGGGUCGACAUACACGCUAAAACUAAGGACCGUGGGUUCACCCCUCUGCAUGAAGCAGUCAUCGCUAAUAGCCUCCAAAUGGUGAAGUGUCUGUUGAACGCAGGAGCCCACAUCGACGAUCAAGAUAACGCAGGUAACACGCCAAUUCAUUUGGCCAUCGAAAGGGACAGCAACGAGAUCUCGGUGUUCCUAUUCAAAAACGGAGCGAGAAUCGAUUUAUCGAAUAAAAUGGAUGAAACUCCUUUCCUAUCGGCGGUGAAAUAUAACAGGGCGACCUUGAUACAGAUGUGCCUUUCAUCACGUUUGAUCCAGGACGAGCUGAUUUUCAAAGCAAUAUGCGACGCUAUUUACGAAGGAAACACGAACGUCUUUAAGUUGUUAAUGGAGCACACCUCUCAUUUAGACUUGUCCGUAUACUGUGAUGAAGACCAAAAUACGCUACUUCAUAUUGCCUCUACGUUCGGAAGAGUGGAUAUUGUUGGGAUGAUGCUGGACCUUGGCGUUGUCGUAGACUCGAGGAAUAAGUACGGUCACACCCCUCUUUUCUUAGCGGUCGCGAAGGGCUGCGACGAAAUCGUCGAAAUGCUGUUGAAUAAAGGCGCCACGAUCAACCCGAAAGACCGCGAUGGUGUAACUCCCCUACACAUAGUUUCAGAAACCAACCACGAGAGGAUGGUAGAGUUCCUUCUAAGCCACGGCGCUGACGUCAACGUGUCGGAUAAUAAAAAUAGGUUACCUAUCGAGCUGGCCGUGGCCGAGGGUCGUAUAACCUCUGUGAAAUUAUUCCUGGAGAAGAAUAAGAGCUUCUUGAAUCGUCGAGGUAAUCAGAAUUUCUCUCUGUUGCACAUCGCCACGGACUACGGUCACAAGGAGAUUGUGAGGUUUUUGCUGGACCAAGGCGCCGAUAUGCACUUGACGAACGAUAAGGGCUCCAAGGCCAUUCACAUCGCAGCCAGGGAAGGUUUCACCGAUAUAAUCGAUGUUUUCCUGGAGAAAGGUAUGGAUUUGGACGUUCGCGGUGCCGCCAACCAAUCGAUGUUACACUACGCGGCAUCCACGGGUAGAUUGGAAGUUGUUAAGUAUCUACUGGAGCGAGGUUGCGAUAUCAACACCGUUAACGAAGACGGAAUAUCGGCGUUACAUGUGGCGACGAAUCAGGGACACAAGGAAGUCGUCGAGUAUUUACUCAACAACGGUGCUAUCUACAAUAGUAUAGCGGGGUUUGAUACGGACCACGAAGUUAAAACGAUGUUGUCUUCUGUUGGAAAAUUGUUUUCGCUUAUAAAAGACGGCGACAUCAAGGAAAUUGAGGAGAUCAUCAAGGAGGGAGUACCUUUGAACUGUUCAGAUACCAACAAAGGAUCAGUCUUGCAUUACGCAGUAUACAAAGGUAGAUCAGACGUCGUGGAACUACUACUACGAAACAAGGUUUCAACGAACGCUAAGCAUAAGAACGGAUGGACGCCUUUACAUUACGCCGCCAAAUAUUCCAACGAUAGAAUAGUGUUUUUGCUGCUUUGGCACGGCGCGAAAUACAACGCACAAGCCGACAACGGCAAAACACCUCUGGAUUUCGCCGAAAAGACGUCCAUCAGGAAUUUGCUGCAGUUGAUAAACGAUUCCUUCGAGAGCGUACGCAAGAAGAAAAUUUCGAUAAUCGGCCGAUUGAAAAAGAUCAAAGACAAGGAUGUCGUCAAGGCCGUGGUGCGAGCUGAAGAUGAACAUGGAACAACGCUGAUAACGUCUGCCAUCAAAAACGAUUUCCCAAAAUUGGAACAGUUGGAGGAUUUGCUUCAAGGGGAUGUCAGAUCUCAAAUGAAAAGCAUCGACGAUUUUCUGUACCAGGAAAGGUUCCAAGAGGGAAAGGACCUAUUGAUGGAGGUUUACGAGAAAAGGAGGGAGAUCUUCGGCGAUCAUAAUCCGGCCACUUUGAGCAUCAAGAGUAAAAUAUCCUUGGUGCUAUACAAACUGCAAUUGUACGAACAGUCCUUGAAGUGCUCAGGGGAAAUUUGUGAGAAGCUGAAGGAUUGCUUAGGGCCCGACCACAAGCUGAUUUUGAAGGAGAGGAGUUCUAUGGCCCUAGUCUUGCAUCGGCUGGGAAGAAACGAGGAAUCCCUGAAAUUAUUCGAAGAAGUCCAUAAGAUACAGAAGAAACUCGUACCGCCCCAUCAUCAAGACUCUCUGAACACCAUAAAGCACAUGGCUGUGACUCUGAUGAGCAUGGGUGAAUUGGACAGGGCGCUGAAGAUCUACAAGGAUGCGCUCAAACUGGAGGAGAAGAAAUACGGUCUGCUCCAUCCUUACACUUUGGUGGCCAAGAAUAACAUCGCUUUGAUACUGUCCAGACAAGGGAAGAACGACGAGGCCUCGGCUUUGUUCAAGGAAGUGUACGUAGGAAGAAAGUUAGUCUUGGGAAAAUACCACUCUGAUACCUUGAGAACCAUACACAACCAAAUAUGCGUUUACAAAGACCAAGAAAAAUACGACGAGGCUUUGGAAGCGUUCAAGAAGUUGUUGAAAAGACAGAAAGAUCACUUAGGGGCGCACCAUUUGGACACUCUCAAUACCCAAGCUGAAAUGGCGGACCUUCUCCUGAAGCAGUGUAAGUUUUUUCAUGCUUUCAAAAUUUUCAAAGAGAUCAAAGACCAUAAGAUGGCGGUGCAAGGGCCAGAUCACGCAGAAGUGAUGAUGAUCGCCAAACGUAUGGAGGUGAUAGUGGAGCAGUACAAAAAAAUCGGCCUCAACAGCAACCUGGACAGUUUUUCGGAUAACCUCUUAUGCACCAUGAACAAGGCAGCGAGGAAUGGCGACAUUGACACCAUUGAAAAACUUGUCAGGAGUGGCGUUGACGUCGGCGAAAGGGACAAGGAGGGCAGGAACUGCCUGCAUUACGCGGUAGAUGGUAACAAUAUAGAAGUCAUCAAGGUGUUUUUGAAACACGGCGGAGAUUUGACAGAUAAAACCAACAAGGGUAACACCGCUUUGCACACGGCUUGUAAUAAGGGUUUCAAGGACGUGGCGGAGUUCCUCCUGGAGAGCGUGAAUAAGAACAAGAUGGCCUACCUGAUCAACGCCGCAACUAAAACAGGUCUGAAAACUGCGCUACACGUGGCAGCCCAACAGGGUUAUCUGGAUAUUGUUAAACUUCUACUGAAGAAGGGCGCAGUGUAUAAUUGUGCGGAUAAAGACAAUAAAAAACCCUUGGAUCUGGCUCAGGUUCAGUCUGUUAGACUCAUCCUGGAACUCACAGGAGAGAUGUUCGCCGCUGUUGAGAAAAAAGACUACGAUAAGAUCUCCAAACUUGAUACCAUCGAUAUCGAUGAUUUUUUGUGUGUUGCUCACGCUAAAAAUUCCCGUAAUGAAACAAUCUUGAAAUUGUUGAUUUCGAAUGGAGAACUGGAAUCUGCCAGGAGUUUGACUGCGAUGAUAAAGAAGACAAAGACUGCCGUCAGGAAUCUUUGAAUCUUCGCGAUGGGUGAACCUAAUCUUUACAAUUUUUUCGUCUCGUAUCGAGAUAUUUGUUGAUCUCACGUUUAGUGAUACAUACGUACAGAUGUAUUGCCAAUUGCAAAAGUUUCGGUAAAUGUUUAAUUGAAAGGAUGUCCAAACGUUUUAAGUAUUUAGUUCGCAUAAAGGUAUGUUGAGUUUAUAGGAAUGUAAUAUUUUUUUAUUAUGCCUAGUAUUUUUGUUUUGCUUAUGCCUAUUAUUUUUGUCCGCUUUGAAAUUAAAUUUUAUUUUUUUAUCUUUUUUUGA